UAUCAUUUUUCUUCUCAAUGUUAGGUCAAAAGUAAUAGCUCUUAUCUGGUUACAUGUACAAUAAAUAAUGCCGGAGGCUGGCCUCACCAGAUAAUGUACAUAUAUGCCGUUUCUCGGAUCAGUCUCUCUACGCAUAUAAAAUACAUAGCUACUAGUUUUUUCAGCACUGUAACUCCCAAUCACUACAAUUAAAAAAUGAACUUAUUUAGUUACGUUUUUGCUGUCACGGGGAGAACAUAUCGAAGAAUGGCGUCCUCUUCAAGUAUAUCCGGAAAAUAUGAUUUUGUGGAGAAAGGCAAAAAAAUUCUUGGAGCUGCACUUAACUACAUGGAUAUCGUACGUUCUCGCAAUGUAGAUGUGCCGAAAGAACCUCUUUUAUUUCUUAAACCAACAUCAUCCUACGAGAUUGAAGGCAAGCCAAUUGUGAUUCCCAGAGUGUUUACAAAAGUUGCUCACGAGGUUGAAUUAGGAGUGAUAAUUGGAAAACAAUGUAAAAAUGUCUCAAAGGAAGAAGCCCUAAACUAUGUGAGUGGUUAUUGCCUAGCGCUUGACAUGACGGCACAAUGCAAUUUGGGAGUAGCACGCGCGAAUGGUCAUCCGUGGAGUUUAGGUAAAGGCUUCGACACUUCAACGCCUGUUUCACGUUUUAUAUCCUGCAGUGAGAUCAAAGAUCCUCACAAUUUGCCGCUAUGGUUGAAAGUGAAUGGGGAACUCCGCCAGCGCGGAAACACUGCUGACCUUAUUUUUAAAGUGGAUGACCUUAUCGCCUAUGCUUCAAAAUAUAUGACCCUUGAGCCAAAUGAUCUUAUUCUAACGGGUACACCAGACGGAGCAUCGCCAAUAAAAUCGGGUGACGUAAUCGAUGCGGGCAUUGGUGACAACCUGCAGAUAAAGUUUGUUGUUAUGGAUGAAGACCAGGCAAAUAGAUGUGCAUGUUAAUCAAUAUUUACUUUUACAAAAUGUUGUUUUUACACUAAUGUUAUUUUAUUUUAAACGUUAAUACCACAUUAAAAAUGUUAGCAACUGAUUUCUGUUAUA